AUGCAAGCAUUGAAAGAGUCUAAUCCAGGAACCGUCGUGGAAUGGUGUACCUUGGCUUCUAAUGAAGAUCCUUCUGUUCACAUUUUUUUGAGAGUGUUUUGGGCAUUCAAGCCUUCCAUCGAUGGUUUUAAGCACUGUCGACCCCUAAUCACCAUAGAUGGAACUCAUUUGUAUGGUAAGUACAAGGGCACGUUACUCAUAGCCAUGGGUACCGAUGCGAAUUCUCAAUUGUUCCCUCUUGCUUUUGCUAUUGUUGAAAGUGAAAAUGGUGAGAGUUGGAAUUGGUUCAUGAAAUACAUUCGGCAUUUAGUUACUCAGAGGGAAGGUUUAUGUGUCAUUUCUGAUAGACAUGCAGGGAUUUUGCAAACAAUGAAUGGGGUCAAUAGUGGGUGGGAGGAGCCGCGUGCCCACCAUCCAUUUUGUACUCGUCACCUUGCCUCUAAUGUCAACACUCAGUUCAAGAAUGCUUAUGUGAAGAACCUUUUCGGAAAAGCCGCAGAUGCUCGUCAAAGAAAGAAGUUUGAUUACUACUUGGGAAUAAUUGGUGAAUUGAAUGUUGAAGCUCAUAAGUACUUGAUGGAUAUUUCUUCUCAUCGGUGGUCGAUCCACCAUGAUGGUGGUUUUAGAUAUGGCGUGAAAACCACAAACAUGUCCGAAGCUUUUAAUGGGGUGAUGAAAGGUGCUCGUUGUUUGCCGAUAACCGCCCUUGUUCGGAUGACGUUUUACCGAGUGAACUCCUACUUUGUUACAAGACGAGGUUGGGGUAAAAGGAGAAUUGAAGAAGGCCACGAUUUCAUUGAGAAGGCCACAACAACAAUUGAAAUGAACAUGGCAAAAUCUGGUGCUCACGAGGUCCAAGCCUUUGAUCAUGAGAUGGGGCUAUUUGAGGUUACAACUGGACGAGGAGGCAUGUAA